AUGAUGAGUUACACAAUGGUUUACAUUAUUAUCCUGCAAUGGUUUAUGUUUUACUUUGGCUUAGUGGCUGUUGUACCGAUCUUUACCGCAUCAGGCGAAGAAAUUCACAUAUUUCGCUGGACGACCAUGGAAGAUUUGCAGAACACAUCAUGCGCGGUUGGCGAGGAUUUGAAAAAGCUUUAUGGUUAUGUCACUUUGGAUAAUCAAUUAGAACAUUAUAAAGUUGGGGUGAUGCUCCCUGGAUUUUCAACACCUGAAAUUCGAAAAGAGGAAUGUCUAAGUGCCGCUUCAAUAUUUAUGCUAAUUGGAAAUCCUGGUAUUGUGUGGCAUGUAGAAACUGGUCAAUGUGUCAAAACCACAGUUCAAACGGAAAAAGUUGACAUUGUGGACGAUAAACCUGUUUUUGCAACGUUCAAAUUUUUGACGACAGGCCACGAAUGCAAUCUUACUGAUCCUACUGUGGCCAGAUUCAAGUUUGACAAAAAACGACCACAAAGACUCUCAUAUAUUGAAAAUGGAGGUUCAACAACUAAGAAACAAGAAGAAUGGUGCAUUCGUGAAUGGAUGGGAAGUCAAAUUGAAGUGGUAGCUGAUUGUGAUGGAAAUAAUCCGUUUUUGCCUGCAAAAAUGUUUGAAGUUUACUUUCUUGAAGUCGUUUAA